ACGUAAACACACACAACGACGGUAUCGAGGUCCUCCCAAGAAACCCUAGAUUUUUUGCCCCCCUCUCUCGCCCUAUAAAUAUACCCCUAUCGCUCCCAAACCCCUCACACUCUUCUACUCCUUUGCCUCUCCCUGCUGCGCUGCUAGAUCUCUGUUGAACUUAGCAUAUCAUCAUGGGUAAGGAGAAGGUUCACAUCAACAUUGUGGUCAUUGGCCAUGUCGACUCUGGGAAAUCGACCACCACUGGUCAUCUCAUCUACAAGCUUGGAGGUAUUGACAAGCGUGUGAUUGAGAGGUUUGAGAAGGAGGCUGCUGAGAUGAACAAAAGGUCAUUCAAGUACGCCUGGGUGCUCGACAAGCUUAAGGCCGAGCGUGAGCGUGGUAUUACCAUUGAUAUUGCUUUGUGGAAGUUUGAGACCACAAGGUACUACUGCACUGUCAUUGAUGCUCCAGGGCAUCGUGACUUUAUUAAGAACAUGAUUACUGGAACUUCACAGGCUGACUGUGCUGUUCUCAUUAUUGAUUCCACCACUGGUGGUUUUGAGGCUGGUAUUUCCAAGGAUGGGCAGACCCGUGAGCAUGCUCUUCUUGCUUUCACCCUUGGUGUGAAGCAAAUGAUUUGCUGCUGUAACAAGAUGGAUGCUACUACUCCCAAGUACUCAAAGGCGAGGUACGAUGAAAUUGUGAAGGAAGUCUCAUCCUAUCUGAAGAAGGUUGGUUACAACCCCGACAAAAUUGCCUUUGUUCCCAUCUCUGGAUUUGAGGGUGACAACAUGAUUGAGAGGUCCACCAACCUUGACUGGUACAAGGGUCCUACCCUUCUUGAUGCACUCGACCAGAUCAACGAGCCAAAGAGGCCCUCAGACAAGCCCCUCCGUCUCCCACUGCAGGAUGUCUACAAGAUUGGUGGUAUUGGAACUGUGCCAGUGGGACGUGUUGAGACUGGAGUUAUCAAGCCUGGUAUGGUUGUCACUUUUGGUCCAACUGGUCUGACCACUGAAGUUAAGUCUGUUGAGAUGCAUCACGAGGCUCUUCAGGAGGCUCUCCCUGGUGACAAUGUCGGGUUCAAUGUUAAGAAUGUUGCUGUGAAGGAUCUCAAGCGUGGUUUUGUUGCAUCCAACUCCAAGGAUGAUCCUGCAAAGGAGGCUGCCAACUUCACAUCCCAGGUCAUCAUCAUGAACCACCCUGGACAGAUUGGUAAUGGUUAUGCCCCAGUUCUUGAUUGCCACACUUCUCACAUUGCUGUGAAGUUCGGUGAAAUCCUCACCAAGAUUGACAGGAGGUCUGGUAAGGAACUUGAGAAGGAGCCUAAGUUUUUGAAGAAUGGAGAUGCUGGUAUGGUUAAGAUGCUUCCCACCAAGCCUAUGGUUGUUGAGACCUUCUCUGAGUACCCACCCUUGGGACGUUUUGCUGUCCGUGACAUGAGACAGACUGUUGCUGUUGGUGUUAUCAAGAACGUGGAGAAGAAGGAUCCAAGUGGUGCUAAGGUCACCAAGUCUGCUGCCAAGAAGAAGUGAAUGGAUCACAAUGCAAUUUUACCCGCGGAAGACAUCUUAUAUUUAAGUUGUGUGUUUUUGAACCGUUUAGUUAUUCUAGCUUUUAGUUUUCUCGCUUCUAGUUCUGUGUGUUUCUGCUUGUCCAGUCCUUGCACUCAGAAUUGGGUGCUUGACAGGCGGUGGUGACUCAAAUGUUCUAGUUGUGUCGUCUUUUCAAUUUGCCGGAGUUUGAGACUGUUUACUUUUGAAGCUUUUGUUGUUAAAUGGAUGAUUUUUGUUUGGCUAUAAUAUUCUCCUUUAUA